AUGUUUUUCUUUUCUUCUUUUUUAAUUGCUUACUUCUUUGACGCCACUGUCUUCUCUCUCUCUCUCUUUCUCUCUAUCUCUUUUUCUUUCUCUUUUUCUCUUUCUCUCUCUCUCAUGCUUUUUCUUAAUGAAGAUAUACAUUUCUUUUUCCUUUCUUUUUUUCUGCAUUUCGUUUCUUCUUUCUUUCUCUUUGCUUUCAUUCAAAUCUAUAUGUAUGAAGGGUAUUCUCUCUCUCUCUCUUUCUCUCUCUCUCUUUCUCUUUCUCUCUCUCUUUCUCUCUCUCUCUUUCUCUCUUUCUCUUUCUCUCUCUCUCUCUCUCUCUCUCUCUCUGAAAGGACGCACUGGCUCUGGGAGGUGGUGGGUAUGUUACUGCGUGGCAAGGCAGAACGCAUCAAAGUUGAAAAAGAGCAUUACAUGUUGGAGUGUAGCGAUGAAGAGACAUUGGCGAAGUUAGAGUCCCCACGCAUCCUCAAUAGCCACAUCUAUAAAGAGCAGGUGCCGGAGACCAUCUUGCAGAACAACAAGAUCAUCCUCAUCUCUCGGAAUCCGAAGGACAUUGCUGUGUCCUGGUACAACCACAAUGUGGCCGAUUUGGAGACAGAUUACGAGGGAGAAUUUCCAGCUUUUUAUGAACUGUACCGAGUAGGAAACAUUCCCAAUGGAGACUGGUUUGAAUACAAUAAAGUUUGGUGGGAAUGGAGCAAAGGUCGACAAAAUGCCCUUUGGGUGACUUACGAGGAAGCGAAACGGGAUCUUCCUAGCCUGAUUGAGAAAAUGGCUGUCUUCCUGGAAGUGCCCAGUACACCUGAGCUCUGCCAAAGCAUCAGUGAAUUGGAGAACAUGUCGUUCUAUCGCAAAGGUCAGGUGGGCGACUGGAAAAACUGGUUUACCGUGGCCCAGAAUGAGGACUAUGACAAAAUAUGGGAAGAAAAAAUGAAGGAUUGUGACUUGCCAGUCGAAUUCACGAUCUAA